UGCUCUUUCCUGUGUAUGCUCGACUCCUGAGAAGGCAACUGCAUCACAUUACACUCAUAGAAAAGAAUUAUGGAUCGGAUAUCGCAGCUACAGACAGGUAUCAUCAGCCUACUCACGCAGACAAGCAGCAACCUGGGGGAACUUAGCACGAAGAUCCCUUACCGAACGGUCGAUGGAAGUGCGCUGCCUAUAGCUCCCGUUCCUAAGAAGGAGAUGCAAGCGCACCUUAGCGAAGCGGAAUACGAACAACUCAAAACGGACCUAGCUGUCCAAUAUGUUCAACAAGCUAAACAGGUCGAAGCCCUAAUCGAUAACCUCCCGGAGAAACAAGAUGUCGGACCUAUCAACGAUCGUCUGAAAGCGCUGGAUGUGGAGAUGAAGGCCGCCAACGAAGAAUACAAGUCGGCUCUCAGCGAAGCUAUGGCCCUGGAGAAGGAGGUCAAGGCGUUAUUGGACCAGACGUUGGCCAACCUGUCUUCCAACAAUAUCACCCGUUGAGGUUGGGCUGCGCAGCGUCGAGCUGGAUUGAACGGCUCUGGUUGACUCAAUCGAUCGACUGCAUCGAGAUCGCACAACGAUAUGAACGGCAACUCGCAGAGGGCGAAUGGAAGGCUGGACUGAUUACAGGUCCACGGGCCCCGUAGCUUUGAUCAUAUUGUCCAGGGACGCAGGCUUACCGAUUGGGAGCGACCACGCCAAUACCCUACUCUACGAACCACCGGAUCUACCUACCGCAGUCAUUAUGCUCAUCGUCACGAGCAUUAGCCAUAUACGAGACCAAUGACCCGCAUACCUGGUCAGCUGGAGUCCAAGACAAUCCAGCUCGAGUCCGAAAGGCACUUGUAUCUCUCUAUCAUCAAGAGGGCCUUCAGGU